UUAGGCUUUCUGCAGGGGCAGAACAUGAUGACGGAGUCUGUGUGGACGUAGUGGUUUGUGGAUUAGGAAGAGGGGUAAUGGAUGGAAACAAAACCUGGGGAGGUAGGAGUGGUGAAGACAGGGGUGGUAGAGUUGUCGGAAAGGUGGGUAACAGGCGACGAUAAAACCACGGGAAAUAUAGUCGGUGAAGACGGGGGGGAUGAAGUCAGGGGUGGUGAAGUGGCUGAAGUAGAGACAAGGGGGGCAGUCGUAGGUGAGACCCGAAGAGGGGACUUUGCAGGUGGUAAUGCAGGCAUGGCCACGGAUGCCAUGGAGGAACGCACCGAGACCAAGGGCGACAAAGCAGGUGCGGUGGUCACGGAUGCCAUGGAGGAACACACCGAGACCAAGGGCGACACAACAGCUGCUGUUGCAUGGGAUGCCAUGGAGGAACACACCGUGACCAAGGGCGACACAACAACUGCAAGUCGAGUUGCUCCUGCGGAAUCAAUCGUAGAAGCAACCAAGGCCGAUGAGGAAGAGGCUGCGAACCGAAAAAGGGCAGCCAGGGUCACAAACGACAUGGAAGGGGUUACUAAGACUGAUGAGGAUGCAGGUGCGGUAGACGCAAGUAAUGAAGAAGAGGCUGUGAUAGGUGUGACAUGCGCCGAUAAUGAAGAAGGGGUUGUGACAAGCGUAGUCCGAGGACAGUGUGUGGAUACCCGAGAAAGCCUUAGCGAGGGUCGUGCCACAUCACCUCGUACUCUUGCCCUGCUGAUCACAUUGACCACGUUGCUGGAAGUUAAGGCCUACAAGCAGCGGGUCCAGGCUCAGAUAGAGGCUGAGGAACAACGGCAGCUGGCAGCCGAGGCUGCCCCCGUACAGGCUGAAGAGGCAGCAGCAGCAGAGCAACUGCAGUUACAGGCCGAUGCAGACGCAGAUGCCCAGGCUCGCCGCAAGGAAGCCCAGGAUCUGCUGCAGCGGCAUAAAGCCAACAGCAUCGACAGACUCAAGUUCUGGGAUUUUGAACCGAACGGCGAUGAGGCAACACCGGAAGAAAAGAACAAGGAGUUUCUCUCCAAACUCGUGACAAGGUUGUUGUACGCUUGCAACUACCAACGGUCAGAGUUGGAGAGACAGUACCAGGACCUGACGCAACAGCAUCAGGAGUUGGCACAGCUCCGCCGUACGGUGCAGAGCCACGAGGAUGCAACCCGGGCACUCAAUGCCCGAUUGCUGGACCUGGAACAAGCUGUACCAGGACCAGCUGCUGGGGCUUCCAGCAGUGCACCCUCUAGCCGCCAACAGGAGGAUCGCGUUGACCACGUAGUGGCAAUGCUCGGCGACAUCAGCACUUUCGCUGCGCCGACCACCACCAUCAGCAAUCAGUUGCAUACAUUGAAGACCGAGGUCCAGAAGCUGCAGUCGACGAACGCGGACGACAAUCCGAAGAUGUACAAGAUGCCAACUUUCAACCUGGAGAGGUUCGACGACUACACGCAGCAGGAUCCCGUCCUCUGGUGGGAAGUAUUCACCAGGCAACUCAGGAUUCUGCUCGUAGACAAGCAUGUGUACAUCGGCGCCCUGUUCCUGAACUCAAAGGGCGGAUGCCAGACCUGGUUGAGCCACCUGGCAACCUCCCACGACGUCGACGUACCAGACUUGAAGGACAAAAUCACAUGGGAGAAACUGACACGGCUGUGGAAGAAGCGGUUCAUCGUUGACGACGCGCCAACACUCGCCAUCAACCGACUGUUCACCAUGUCACAGGGCAACACAGCAACACGGGACUGGCUCACGGAGUGGCAGAAGAUUGCGGCCGUGCCCAAUCUGAACUUACCAUUCGAGCAUCUACGCCGUGAGUUCUACAACAGGUCCUGUGCUGCAUUGAGCCAGGCUCUUGGUGAUCGCGAGCAGUACUCCACUUUCCCCGAGAUUAUCGACAAGGCGAGAGAGAUCAUCAAGACCAACAGGUCAGCUGCACACGAGAAAGCARCAUGGCAGCCGACCUAUGUGGAGAAGGUACGAACUGGUCCGCGACAGCAGCACUUCGCUGCAGUCCAGCAGAACAGUGGAGAUAACCCAUCAGCCACUCCAGCAUCAAGUGACGGAGAUCAGGUGGCUGUUGUCCAGCCGCGAAGCAACAACAAGUCCUGCAACAAUGGGAAGGCGAAAUCCGCAUCGCAGGCCGGAAAUGGACAGCCAGUACAAGUUCCAUGGGUCAAGUUUGGCUUGACCGAGGCGGAGUACAAGGUCCGGGACCGCUACGGCAACUGCUACAGGUGCAACAGCACCAAGCACAAGGCCUCCCUAUGCCAAGAUCUGGGCAAGGAGGAUGACCAACCGCUCCACGUGCAACAAUCCAUCGCAUGCACGGUUUCAUCACCAUCGGCAACCGAUUCGGCACCUUCGCCGCAAUCUAUCGCCGGGGAUUCGACGUCAUGGUCAAGACUUGAAGAGCUCGACCCAUUGACGUUCACGGACUUCCAAUGGAUGCCCGUUCCCUCGACCGGACGAUUGCCAAAACCGCAUUGCAACGUGCUUAUGGCACAAUUGCGGGAUUACUUGCACAGUGCAGUACCAGCUCCGUUGAUGGACGCCGGAGUAGAGGUUGUCGACCUUCACGCUUACAUUGCAAAGAUCGACCGCGAGUUCAAGACGCAACGGUACGACGACAUCGACGCACCAUUGCUAUACGCACGCAUUCAGAUCGGAGAGGCGACCUGCAACACCUUGGUCGAUUGCAGAGCAUCUCGCAAUUACAUCAGCCAGCUCGCGCUCAACUUCAUCAACGUGGCGAGCCUUUUGGUUGCGCCGAGGCAAAGACUGGUCAUCAUAAAUGCACAUCAGGUUGCCAGUGAGAAAUCUGUGGUUGGGGGCAGCAUUAUGGUGUUGAUACACAAGUUGCCAAAUGGUAGGACAGUUAGACUGCAGAAGUAUAAGGCUAGCAAUCUAGUGGAGAACUACAACUGCAUGUGUGCUUCCUCUUUCUAUAACUACUACAAGCAGAAUCGCGAGGAGAGCAUGUAUUUAGUUUUUGUCUCUGAGAAAGGGGAGGCCGUUAAAACACCCCCAGAGACAGAAUCAGUCGUCGCAACAUAUUCAGACCUUUUUGAGGAGCCCACAGGCGUGGUAGAAAGGGAGGUGGUCCAUGCAAUAGAGGUUGUUCCAGGUAGUAAGGUACCUAGAGGACGAAUCUAUAGGAUGUCUCCUGCGGAGUUGGAUGAGCUCCGCAGCCAGCUCAAGGAGCUCACAGAAAAGGGAUGGAUUCGGCCUAGUACCUCCCCUUACAGUGCGCAAGUCUUAUUUGUCCCAAAGAAGGGAGGUACCCUGAGGAUGUGCAUUGAAUAUAGGGGCCUCAAUGCCAUCACCAUUAAGAACGUGGAGCCCCUACCCCACAUCGACGACCUCUUGGAUAGAGUGUACGGAUGUCGGUACUUCACCAAGAUAGAUCUGAAGUCCGGAUACCAUCAAAUUGCCAUUAGACUUGAGGACCAGCACAAAACCGCAUUUCAGACCAGGUACGGUCUGUACGAGUUUGUGGUGAUGCCCUUUGGCGUAUGCAAUGCACCUGGUACUUUCCAGCACGCGAUGAACAAGAUAUUUCGUGAUUACUUAGACAAGUUUAUCGUUGUGUACCUCGACGAUAUUCUUAUCUUUACUAGGACUGUAGAGGAGCACGCUGAGCAUUUGAAAAUAGUUCUAGGUCUCCUAAGACAGCACCAGUACAAGGUUAACUUGGGGAAAUGCGAGUUCGGUCGCACCAAGAUCUUGUACUUGGGUCAUGAAAUCUCAGUGGAUGGAUUGAGGCCGGAUGAUGCUAAGGUGGCUAGCAUACGUGACUGGCCCAAACCUCAAACUGUUACUGAGGUCGGAUCGUUUUUGGGGAUGACGGGCUACUAUCGUCCGUUUGUAAAAAACUAUAGUACUAUAGCUUCCCCAUUAACAAAUCUAACUCGACUUGACACCCCUUGGGAGUGGACUGAAGAGUGUGAGGCGGCCUUCAAGAAACUGAAGAACGCUCUGACUGACUAUGAAGUCCUCAAACUUCCUGAUUCUGAUAAAGCCUUUGUUGUGACCACAGACGCCAACCAAUAUGACAUAGGUGUGGUCUUUGCACAAAAGGAGGGGCCAAAGUUUAGACCGAUGGAGUAUAUGAGCAAAAAGAUGCCAUCGCAGAAACUAGCCAGGUCUACUUAUGAACGGCCCACUCGAGGUGGUACCGCCACCCAACCAUACACGAAGGAGGAGGAGGAGAAGAUGGCCGCCAUCCUGCAGGAGAGGAAGGAGAAGGAGGCCAAGAAGAAGGCCUUGAAAGAGGAACAGGCGGCCAAACUAAAGAAGAUGGAAGAAGAGAUGGCCAGGGAGAAAGAGAGGCUGAUAAAGGAAGAAGAGGAGAAGUUGAAGGAGGUGGAUGAAGAGGAGGAGGGACCGCCACUACAAAGGAGUGGGCAGCACAGUGGCGGCAAGGACGCAGAGAUGGAGAAACAUAUUUCGGAGUGGGCCGCCAACUUAUCGUUGGGUGAAGAGGAAGAGGUCGCGAUGUACAUCCCUAAGGAUGAGCAGGAAGCCGCUAUGAAAAAAUGGGAAGCAGAAGGGGAUGUUUUGGCGCGGCGGGUGAUGGAGGAUGAACAGAGGAUGGCGUGGAAGCUCGCAGUGAUGAGGGAGAAGAAGAGAAGAGUGGAGGCGGCGAAUGCGGCAAUGCAGGAACUAGAGGAGGUGAGGGCUGCCGUAACAACACAAUUGAUUCCGCAAGUGGAUCUCCAACGUAAAGUGGAGAUCAUCGCCCAGAGCGUUGAGCGGUUAGCUAAAGUGCAAGAAAGGCACUUUGAGUUUAGUCGCAGCCAGGAGAUAUCUGAACGCUCGAUGCGAACGGGCUUACGGGACUUUGCUCGCGAGUUAGUAGGCGCUGUGGGGUCCGAGGUGACUCACCGCCUCGAGAAGACUGAGCGUUUUUGUGUCGGCGCCAUUGAGGGCGUCAAGGUGGCCGCUCCCAAGGAGGAGGAGACUCGUCCUCGCAGGGAGCCGGUCAAAGUCAAAUUCCUUGAUUCCUACAGUGGGAAAAGGGAAGAGAACUUUGACAAUUGGGAGGCCAAUGUUAAGACUUAUGUGCAUCUGCAACAGGUAUCCCCAGAUCAGCAGGUCCUAAUUGCGAUCCACGCGCUUAGAGAUGAGGCCGCCAGCUUUGCAAGGUCCCAAGUUCGCGCUGCCAACUGUAGUGACGACCCGGUAGCGUACUCCUCGUUCACGUCCCUCACCGAAUUCUUGAAGUURUUACRCGAGCRAUUYGCUGAURUUGCCCGUAGUGUCAAAGCCUCAGAUAGGCUUCAGACAAUACACUCGCGCCAAUGGAAGAGUGCAAGGGCACUCAAGGGCACAAUGGAUGAGUUAGUGGUUGUUCCUGACCAUAAGGUCACAGCUACCCAGUUGGUCAACCUCUUCUACCGGGCCAUGCCCGAAGCGCUGCGUGGUCACUUCUUUGACAAGAGUCGGGACCCUGCUAUGACUUAUGAUAUACUUCGCAGGGAAAUGGUCGCGUUCGAGGCGAAGUCUGCGUCGAUUUCCACCUUCUGGCACAAAGAUUUAGACAAAGGCAAAAAGUGGAAAGGCCGCACUAUCUCAGGGCAGGUCAAGACUAAGGAUAGCCUUGUGCUCACUUUAGAUGAAGGUAGUGUGGAUGAAAUCCCCUACGAUCAGAUUGAGUGGGGGUUAGAGGAGGAGGACAACGGUGCGGGCCAGGGGAGAUCCUACGUUGUUGUCGCGGCUGGAGGGAGGCCGCAAGGAGGAAGAGGUCAGGGCCAAGGGGGCCGGGCCUCAAGGAGCCGGUUUCAGGGCGAUCAGGGGGUUGGCGGCAGAGGAGGAAACCGCCAAGCGGGAGGAAGGGGUCAAGGUCCCCCGCAAAACCGUCCUAGGAAUAGGUCUCCCUACAGGGAUGGGGUAUUUUGGGUAAGGAGGAAAGGGCGAAUGCCUUGCCGAGACCUGGGUAUCGCGCUCGCGACGGUUGAGCUGCGCUUGAGGCAUGGAAUCUCGGUGGGUGCAGCAAUCGGACUAAGGAAGCAGGAAAGGAGGCGUUUCAAGAUGACCCGACGAAUGACUUUCUGGGGGGAUAGACCUCGCGGGAUCCUGUCACUAAGGGUAUCGGAAGGCAGAGUCGAAAUAAGCCUGCCGGCAAGAAAUGCGGUAAGCAAUCCGGUAAUGGACCGGGUGGGGGUAGAGUUGGUGGAGGACACAGUGUACCUAGUAGUGGAGCUGGAAUGGCGUGCGAGAGGGGAGUUCGAGGGCGUAGAUUUGGACCUCCCAGGGCGAGUGCAUACAACGGGAUCCUUACACCUGUCGGAAGAGGGGUGGCGGACCUUUGGGAUUGCCUUGGCUUUCGGGGAUAACCCUGUACGAAUGUUUGAAGGAGCAUGGCAAAUAACUUGGCGAGAGGGGUUUGAGUUCGCAGUCCCAGAACGAGACGACGUGACGGCCGAUGUAAGAGUUGCCGCGGCAGGGAUCUUUGAGCUGCCCAGUGAGGUCGUACGGAUGAGUCUACCGCCCUUUCUGCUAAGGCUAAUGGGAGGCAUAGAACGAGUGGAGCAGGCAGUGACUGCCGUAAUUGGGCUAAAUCUUGACGAAGCAUUAAUGUAUCGAGAAUACUAUCGGGCCUUCCUAGAGAUGGGGCCUUUUGGGGACGAACAGGGGCGCGAGGUGCUUUGCAUUCUACGAGCAGUAGUAAAUACUAGGCCGAGAGUCCCACAAAUAAGCGAUGAGGCCAUGUGGAGAGUCAUCCGGCAAGGGGUAGGUCGGGGCGUGACCUACGUGGAUGAUUUCUACCGUCUGUACGAGCUGCCAGAGGGGGCUACUGCUCCCAGGGAGAUGAUAGGCAUGCACUUGCACGAUGGCUCAUACAUGGUAGACAUAGAGGAACUAGUGACCGGCCGGGGAGAGCUCCUCCGACUCCUUGGAACGGGAGGAGACCCCCCGAAGGGGAAAUUGGCAACAUGGUCGCCGUUGCUCAAGGAUAGCACGCGAAAAGGGGCUUUCGCACGAAUGGAGGGUAUGAGAGAAAGGGUAGAAAUCAUGAUUGAGGAAGCAUUCAAGAAGAGGGAGUGGAUCAAGAUGGGCCUGGCCCAGAAGAAGAGGAGGCAGGAUGACGAAGUCCUAGGGGUUAUGGUAGCAGAAAAAGGGUCAGAGGUCGAACUUGGUGCUAGCCUACCCAAACGGAAAGAAGUACGCAUAGACGUGCCAGAAGUCGCAUUCAAGAUCCCCGAUCUGUUACAACUCAUCAAGACUUUCAGAUACCACAAGGUAGGAGUGGACUCAGCAGCCUUGGCCAAGUUCGAAGGAGAGGUGCAAAAGGGAUAUUGCCUGAAUGAGAAGCUAAUCACGGAAGGAAGUGUUCGAAAGUACAAGCCGGUAGGGAAGAAAGCAAAACCGGUCUCGAUCCUGCUAGGGACAUCAAAGGAAGAGGCUAUGGGGAAGGAGGAAGAGGUCCUUCGAGUUAUCCAAGAAAGAAGGGCGACGGAGGGACAUCGGAUACCAGAUGAGGUAGCUGACACAAUGAAGAUAGGGAUAGACGGGUUCCUAACGGAAGAAGAAACCCGCCUGAUCAAAAGGACCUGCCAGGAGUUUCACCUGGCAUUUGCCUUUAGUGAUCACCAGAAGGGACGACUGGAUGCGAAGCUGAUCCCUCCGGUCAGAAUCCAUACGGUAGAACACGAGUGUUGGAAUGACAAGGGGCCGUCCUAUGAAUUGUGGAUAGCAGGGGAAGUGACAGCCCUCCUCCGAGCAAAAAUGGACUCCUUCGUUGCGGAGCCUACGGCAUCGCCAUACGCAAACCGGUGGUUCGUCUUUCGAAAGCCUAACAAGACACUAAGAUGGAUUCAGGAUGUGCAAAAGUUGAAUGCGGUAACCAUCCGGGAUGCUGGCUCGCUACCUCAGGCUGACUUAUUAGCAGAAUCGCAUGCCGGUCGGAGCAUUUACUCCCGGAUAGAUCUGUAUUCAGGGUACGACCAGCUUCCGUUGGAUGUUCGGGACAGGCCGUACACCGCUAUGCACACCCCCGUAGGCCAGCUACGGAUGCAAGUGACCCCUAUGGGAUUCACAAACGAGGUGGCCAAAGCGCAACGCAGAAUGCUCGCCGUGGCCGGGGACAUGUUUCCAGAAAAGUGUGAGCCCUAUAUCGACGACAAUCCGAUCAAAGGACCUAGGAGAAGAACGAGAAAAGGCAAAAAAAUGGAAUUCGGCAACGAGAACGACAGCGGGGCAAUCAACAGGCCUACCGCAGGGGAGGAAGCAGGACCAAGCCAAGGGAGGAGGGCGGCGAAGAGAAAGUUGUACGUAGGACUCAUGGGUGGGCCAGUGGUAGGCAGGGGUGGAAGGAAAUGCUUGUGUAGGAAACCCUCACCCCUCGGCGAGGGAGAAGGCAUAGAAAUCACGUCUGACAGUGAGGGAGGGAAGGAAAAGGCAGAAAUGGAAGAAGGAGGCAAUGCAGAUAUGGGAGAUAAGGGUCAGGUUUCUGACGAGGAAGGAGCCAACAGGGGCAAACGACGUGAGACUUGGCAUGGGGAAAGCGAGGGGGGACGAGACAUGCGCGACGAACACGAGGAGGGUGAGGAGAGAAGGGAAAGCCCGCUUGAAGGACGAAGCGGCCACGACAGUUGUGAGAGGUAUGGGAUGGGGACAGAGAUUCCUUUUACCUGCGAUCCGAAGAUCCUUGCAGUGGCAGCCACAACAAAGAAGAAGGCAAAGGACGCCAAGAAGGCACGUCUGUUGGCAAUUGAACAGCAGCGCCAGCAAGACGAGGCAUCAGCAAAGGCUGCUGAUGAAGAACGACUUCAACGACGCGAGAAGAUAUUCAGUGGAGAGCGAGCUUUGCUCACAAUGGCAGCAGACUGGCGGGCGGAGAUCGAGAAUGGGAAGCUAGAAGAGAGUGGAAACAAGAUCGCUCUACCCCUCUCCCAUCUCACAGACCUUCUGGCCACGUGCAUUGCGCAGCAGGAGGACAUUCACAACCUCGACGAGGCGCUUCAGACACACAAUCAGGUGUUUGACMAACUCACCAACCGCCUCCAGSAGYUGGAACAAAMCGUUGCUGCCCCCGUUGCCAGCUCUUCCAACACCUCCGAUCGCCUCGAGGCAUUGGAGAUUGACGUUGGAUCCCUCAAGGACGGCAUGCAGUUACAGCAAACCGCAACGGAACAGUUGCAGCAGCGGAUCUGUACUGCCGCCAACCACUCGAGCUCGGAACCGCGCGAGACAACUCCAAAUUUCGAUGGGCAGAAGAUCUUCUGCGACUCGGCRAAGACGGACCCGAUUCCAUGGUUCCGCAAGUUCGAGCUCAAGUUGCAGCUCCACCACUACGGAGUGGUGGCUGCCGACUUGCAUACCAAGAUCAGUUGGGAUGAUCUAGAGGCGGCGUGGCAUAAGCGGUUCCAAGUAGAGCCRUCGGAGAUCAAGGCAAUGGACAAGUUGAUGGUCUUCGAACAAGGCACGCUGCUGAGUGUUGAUUGGAUUGCCKAGUACCAACACUUSACAUCSGUCCCGGACAUCCAAAUGGGCUUCAAAGCCAUCAAACACUACUUCAUCUCGAGGUCGCGUCCGGCGUUGGACAAUGCCUUGACUCACGUUGAGGACACCCUGACGACACCRSCAGAACUCUUCGACAAGGCCGCGCAGAUUAUUGUCACGAACAAGGAGGYCAAGAAUCUCCARCGUUCGUCUGCGCCAGGCCAGAGCAGAGAUCAGCAUCGGCCGAAAGUGGCCRUGGUCRCGGCGGCAACACCRAACGACCAAACUAGCGAGGUUGUGUCUGCCAAUGAAGGGGACGGACUUGCACCCGCCCGGGAAGAUUUCGAUCCGAUUGAAGGUCGCUACAAAUUCAUGUUUAAGACGCGGUACGGGCAUUUUGAGUGGGUGGUCAUGCCUAUUGGCCUCACCAACGCCCCGACGACCUUUCAAGCGACAAUGACCAACGAGUUUCGUGCAAUGUUGGACCGGUUCGUGCUGGUCUACUUAGASGACAUUCUCGUCUUUAGCCGGUCAUUGGAGGAUCAUCUUGAGCACCUUCGACGAGUGGUGGAGACGCUCCGCCGCGGCAAGUACAAGACCAACCGCGACAAGUGCGAAUUUGUCCGGCAAGAGYUGGAAUACUUGGGCCAUUUUGUCACACCGGAGGGCAUCAAUCUGUUAUCGGACAAGAUUCAAGCCAUCCAAGAGUGGCCGGAGCCGCGGAACGUCACGGAUGUYCGUUCGUUCCUUGGCCUUGCCGGCUACUACCAACGUUUUAUCAAGGGAAACUCGAAGAUCGCGGCCCACUUGUCCAAGUUUCAAUGUGAGGAUCGACCGUUUGACUUCGGAGAGGAUGCGCGGGAAUCAUUUUUGGCUCUCAAAGUCGCGCUAUUAUUUGCGGAGGUCUUGCACAUCUACGACCCACUAUUGCCUACACGCGUCACUAUGGAUGCGUCCGACUAUGGCAUUGGUGCCGUCCUCGAACAACACGAUGGCGUGGACUGGCACCCGGUCGACUACUUCAGCAAGAAUGUGCCCGUCGUGCACUCCAUUGAUGAUGCGCGCAAGGAGCUCCUCGCCUUCGUCCACGCUCUCAAGCGGUGGCGGCACUUCCUCCUUGGUCGAAGCCAAUUCCGAUGGGUARSGGACAACAAUCCGUUGGUCUUCUACAAGACCCAAGACACCGUCAAUAGCACCAUCGCCCAAUGGAUGGCUUUCAUCGACCAAUUUGACUUCUUUCUCGAUCAUAUUCCGGGGAAGUCAAACCGUUUUGCGGAUGCUCUUUCACGAUGUSYGGAUCAUUGUACCGCAGUCUACUCGACCUUCGAGAUYGGCRACGACCUGCGGGACAGCUUCAUCCGCGGCUAYCAAGCCGACCYGGAGUUUUGCGACAAGAUGGACUUCAUGCAAAGCACUUUGGACCAGAUCCUGGAUGCAUUGACAAAGCCAGGAUUCCGGCCACCAGCACAAUCGCCGUUGUCGUUAACGGCGAUGUCAGGCCCCUUUGCCGUACAAGCUGGCACACAGCCAAGUGAGGGGAUUAGGCCGGAAGAUGCGAAGGUGGCUAGUAUUCGAGACUGGCCACGACCUCAGAUAGUCACUGAGGUCAGAUCAUUCUUAGGAAUGUGCAACUACUAUAGGAACUUCGUAAAGAACUAUUCUACAGCCGCCUCUCCUUUGACUGAUCUAACUCGACUAGACACACCGUGGGACUGGAGUGAUGAGUGCGAGGGUGCUUUCAAGAAAUUGAAGCAUGCACUCAUGAAUCAUGAAGUUCUCAUGGUUCCCGAUCCGCAAAAGCCAUUCAUAGUGACCACUGACGCAAGCCAAUACGACAUUGGCGCAGUGCUGGCUCAGCAGGAUGGGAAAAAGUUGAGAGCGAUCGAGUACAUGAGUAAGAAGAUGCCAUCGAAGAAGUUGGCUAAGUCCACCCACGAAAGGGAACUCUAUGCUCUCUACAAGGCACUUGUCCAUUGGAGACACUUCCUUUUGGGAAGGACACGUCAGCAGCCAUGUCAGCAAGCCCCAGCCUGGUCUAUGCUUACGCGCUUGAAAACAACCAUCAUGGACGAAAUGUCCGGGGAAACAGACGAGGCCUAUCAGGCGCAGAUGCUGCUUCUGAUUAUCGACGCCAAGCAACGGUUGGAUGCAGUGGCAGCCACAACAAAGAAGAAGGCAAAGGACGCCAAGAAGGCACGUCUGUUGGCAAUUGAACAGCAGCGCCAGCAAGACGAGGCAUCAGCAAAGGCUGCUGAUGAAGAACGACUUCAACGACGCGAGAAGAUAUUCAGUGGAGAGCGAGCUUUGCUCACAAUGGCAGCAGACUGGCGGGCGGAGAUCGAGAAUGGGAAGCUAGAAGAGAGUGGAAACAAGAUCGCUCUACCCCUCUCCCAUCUCACAGACCUUCUGGCCACGUGCAUUGCGCAGCAGGAGGACAUUCACAACCUCGACGAGGCGCUUCAGACACACAAUCAGGUGUUUGACMAACUCACCAACCGCCUCCAGSAGYUGGAACAAAMCGUUGCUGCCCCCGUUGCCAGCUCUUCCAACACCUCCGAUCGCCUCGAGGCAUUGGAGAUUGACGUUGGAUCCCUCAAGGACGGCAUGCAGUUACAGCAAACCGCAACGGAACAGUUGCAGCAGCGGAUCUGUACUGCCGCCAACCACUCGAGCUCGGAACCGCGCGAGACAACUCCAAAUUUCGAUGGGCAGAAGAUCUUCUGCGACUCGGCRAAGACGGACCCGAUUCCAUGGUUCCGCAAGUUCGAGCUCAAGUUGCAGCUCCACCACUACGGAGUGGUGGCUGCCGACUUGCAUACCAAGAUCAGUUGGGAUGAUCUAGAGGCGGCGUGGCAUAAGCGGUUCCAAGUAGAGCCRUCGGAGAUCAAGGCAAUGGACAAGUUGAUGGUCUUCGAACAAGGCACGCUGCUGAGUGUUGAUUGGAUUGCCKAGUACCAACACUUSACAUCSGUCCCGGACAUCCAAAUGGGCUUCAAAGCCAUCAAACACUACUUCAUCUCGAGGUCGCGUCCGGCGUUGGACAAUGCCUUGACUCACGUUGAGGACACCCUGACGACACCRSCAGAACUCUUCGACAAGGCCGCGCAGAUUAUUGUCACGAACAAGGAGGYCAAGAAUCUCCARCGUUCGUCUGCGCCAGGCCAGAGCAGAGAUCAGCAUCGGCCGAAAGUGGCCRUGGUCRCGGCGGCAACACCRAACGACCAAACUAGCGAGGUUGUGUCUGCCAAUGAAGGGGACGGACUUGCACCCGCCCGGGAAGAUUUCGAUCCGAUUGAAGGUCGCUACAAAUUCAUGUUUAAGACGCGGUACGGGCAUUUUGAGUGGGUGGUCAUGCCUAUUGGCCUCACCAACGCCCCGACGACCUUUCAAGCGACAAUGACCAACGAGUUUCGUGCAAUGUUGGACCGGUUCGUGCUGGUCUACUUAGACGACAUUCUCGUCUUUAGCCGGUCAUUGGAGGAUCAUCUUGAGCACCUUCGACGAGUGGUGGAGACGCUCCGCCGCGGCAAGUACAAGACCAACCGCGACAAGUGCGAAUUUGUCCGGCAAGAGCUGGAAUACUUGGGCCAUUUUGUCACACCGGAGGGCAUCAAUCUGUUAUCGGACAAGAUUCAAGCCAUCCAAGAGUGGCCGGAGCCGCGGAACGUCACGGAUGUCCGUUCGUUCCUUGGCCUUGCCGGCUACUACCAACGUUUUAUCAAGGGAAACUCGAAGAUCGCGGCCCACUUGUCCAAGUUUCAAUGUGAGGAUCGACCGUUUGACUUCGGAGAGGAUGCGCGGGAAUCAUUUUUGGCUCUCAAAGUCGCGCUAUUAUUUGCGGAGGUCUUGCACAUCUACGACCCACUAUUGCCUACACGCGUCACUAUGGAUGCGUCCGACUAUGGCAUUGGUGCCGUCCUCGAACAACACGAUGGCGUGGACUGGCACCCGGUCGACUACUUCAGCAAGAAUGUGCCCGUCGUGCACUCCAUUGAUGAUGCGCGCAAGGAGCUCCUCGCCUUCGUCCACGCUCUCAAGCGGUGGCGGCACUUCCUCCUUGGUCGAAGCCAAUUCCGAUGGGUARSGGACAACAAUCCGUUGGUCUUCUACAAGACCCAAGACACCGUCAAUAGCACCAUCGCCCAAUGGAUGGCUUUCAUCGACCAAUUUGACUUCUUUCUCGAUCAUAUUCCGGGGAAGUCAAACCGUUUUGCGGAUGCUCUUUCACGAUGUSYGGAUCAUUGUACCGCAGUCUACUCGACCUUCGAGAUYGGCRACGACCUGCGGGACAGCUUCAUCCGCGGCUAYCAAGCCGACCYGGAGUUUUGCGACAAGUACGCGAAUUGAUCCUCUCCUAAUCCGGCGCUUCUCACUA